UAUGGUGUAAUCAUCAACACAUUUGAAGAGUUGGAGCCUGCUUAUGUCAAAGACUACAAAGACGCAAGGGCCGGAAACGUAUGGUCGAUUGGACCUGUUUCCUUGUGCAACAAGGCAGGAGUAGAUAAAGCUGAGAGGGGAAACAAAGCGACCAUUGAUCAAGAUGAGUGUCUUAAAUGGCUUGAUUCUAAAGAAGAAGGUUCGGUGCUCUAUGUUUGCCUAGGAAGUAUUUGCAAUCUUCCUCUAGUUCAGCUCAAGGAGCUUGGUCUAGGCCUUGAGGAAUCCCAAAGACCUUUCAUUUGGGUCAUAAGAGGUUGGGAAAAGUAUAAUGAACUAUCUGAGUGGAUGGUGGAGAGCGGUUUUGAAGAAAGAAUCAGAGAGAGAGGACUUCUCAUUAGAGGGUGGGCACCUCAAGUCCUUAUCCUUUCUCAUCCUUCCGUUGGAGGAUUCUUAACACAUUGUGGAUGGAACUCGACUGUCGAAGGAAUCACCUCGGGCGUUCCAUUGAUCACAUGGCCGCUGUUUGGAGACCAAUUCUGCAACCAAACACUGGUAGUGCAAGUACUAAAAGCUGGUGUAAGUGUUGGGGUUGAAGAAGUCAUGAAAUGGGGAGAAGAGGAGAAAAUAGGAGUGUUAGUGGAUAAAGAAGGAGUGAAGAAGGCAGUUGAAGACUUGAUGGGUGAGAGUGAUGAUGCAAAAGAGAGAACAAAAAGAGUCAAAGAGCUUGGAGGAUUAGCUCACAAGGCUGUGGAAGAAGGAGGUUCCUCUCAUUCUAACAUCACAUUGUUUUUACAAGACAUACGUCAAGUACAAUCUGUUUGAAUAUUUUUGUAAAUACAAAUUUAUGUUUUUGGAGGGUUUAAAUUAAGAACAAAUUGUUUUAAAAUUUUGACCUAUCAUCUCAUGAUGAUGAAUUGAUGAUUAAAAAA